CUAUCAUUUACAUCAUACCAUAUUAUUAUUUUUAUACCAAAGUCUUGUGUUUAAUAAACACCCUUUAACAUCAUACACUUAUUUUCUAUACCUAUUCUUAUUCAAAAUGGCCCUACAAUUGCACCACAUUUUCCCUCUUCUCAUUAUUAUUGUUGUAUACCUCUCUUCUUCUUCAUGUUAUGGAAGAUACAUACAAUUUUUUGAUACGAAACAAGGAUUAAAUCAUUCUUACUACGCGGACAAUAAAAUUGUUCAACAAAAACACAGUGGAGGGCAUGUCGAUAAUGUUCGAAGAGCUCUUCGAAAAGCUACGAAAACAUUUAAUGUUGCUGAUUAUGGAGCUAAGGGAGAUGGAAAAGCUGAUGAUACUCAGGCAUUUGAAAAGGCUUGGAAAGAAGCUUGCUCAUCCUCAGGAGCAAUAUUUACGGUGCCAAACAAUAAAAAUUAUCUUCUCAAGCCAAUAACCUUUUCGGGUCCAUGCAAAUCAGCUAUAACCAUGCAGAUUUCGGGAACCAUCUUAGCCUCCGAAGAUCGAUCAGUUUACGAAGAAGAUGCUAGGCUCUGGCUUGUAAUAAAAAAUGUCAAUAGCUUGUCCGUCGAAGGUGGCGGUGUCAUUGAUGGCAAUGGAAAGACAUGGUGGAAGAACUCUUGUAAAAUUAACACAAAGCUGCCUUGCAAGCAUGCACCAACAGCUCUAACGUUUGAAAAUUGCAAGAAUUUGGCUGUGACAAAUUUGAAUAUCCAAAAUGCUCAACAAAUGCAUGUUUCCUUUCAACUAUGCAAUAAUGUUAAGGUUUCUAGUCUCAAGGUUAAUUCUCCCGAGAAUAGCCCUAAUACUGAUGGCAUACACAUUACCAGCACCCAAAACAUUCAAAUUACAAAGUCUAGCGUUGGAACAGGUGAUGAUUGCAUUUCGAUUGAGAGCGGUUCAAAAACGGUUCGAGUCACUGACUUUACUUGCGGACCAGGCCAUGGAAUCAGUAUUGGAAGCCUAGGUGACCAAAAUUCUGAGGCUCAUGUUUCAGAUGUAAUAGUGAAUGGAGCAACUCUUACUGGAACAACCAAUGGCUUAAGAAUCAAGACUUGGGAGGGUGGAUCAGGAGUUGCAAGUAACAUCGUAUUUGAAAAUAUAAUGUUAUCUAAUGUAAAAAAUCCGAUAAUUAUAGACCAAGAAUAUUGUGACCAAGCUACACCAUGCAAAAAACAGGCCUCGGCGGUACGUGUGAAAAAUGUGGUGUACCAAAACAUAAAAGGAACAAGUUCUUCAGAAAAAGCCGUGAUAUUUGAUUGCAGUGAAAAUUAUCCUUGUGAAGGAAUUACUAUGGAGAAUGUUGAGAUUGAUGGUAUUAAUGGUGCAAAAUCCACCGAAGCAACUUGCAAUAAUGUCAAAAUAUCCAAGGUUGAAGAUGUCUUCCCACAAUGCUCAAAAACUUAAAUAAAUGACGACUAGUAGAAUUACACUCUUUGUUCGGAAUUAAUAGUCUGGUGUUGCAUAUAGUAAUCUAAUACUCGUCAAUCUAUUAGUGUGAUGACUAAAUUUGAACAUAGGAAUUAUGUUAUGAUCGAAUUGGGUAUAUCUAGCUCAUUAUUCUAGCUAGGUUAACAUUAUUUGUAUCAUAAAAUAGUCUUCGUUUCUUGUAUAUAUUGUACCUUAUACUUCUUUAUAAAUUGAUUGGAAGUUUGGAAUAAUAUUUGAUA